AUGUGGAUUAUCGCACUUAUUUGCGGCCUUGUUCUGCCUUCCGCAUUGGGACAGGCCUGCAACUAUGCUCAGAACGUUGGUACAACGCCAACUACGUUCUCGAUCAACCAAUCUGGAACCUACAGUGGAGGAGCACAGUGCAACUGGUAUGCCACCGCCAAUCAGGACUAUCGCAUCAAGCUGACGUGCUUAAUCAAUGUUCCCAACGGAAAUUCGGGCUGUCCGCAGGAUUACCUCUCCGUAUCGCGCACAGGCAGGACGGACUUCGCCGACGGCUACAAGUACUGCGGACAGGGCAGUUUUACGGAGUAUUCCACCUACAAUCAGAUGAGCAUCAGGCUGUUCUCGCAGUCCUACUCGGCCGGCGGAAGUUUCUCCUGCACCAUUCAAGCUGUCUUCGAGCCUUGCAAUUGCGGACGAAGGAAGAGUACUCGCAUUGUUGGCGGCGUGAAUGCUGGUAUUAAUGAGUUCCCAAUGGCAGCCGCUCUUCACACUUCGAAUUCCUGGCAUUUACACAUUCUCUCUCUCUCUUUUCCUUCAGUCUCCAACUGGCGAGUCGUGACGGCACAGCACUGUCUCGGUGGCCAGACGCCAAGCAAUGUGGGCGUCCUCGUGGGUGAAUACGACACCAGCACUGGCAGUGACACUCCCUACACUGCCCUGUACUCUUCCGAGUCCUUCGUGUGCUACACCAACUGCAACACGAAUCCCAAUGGCCAGAACGACAUUGCCCUGAUCAAAACAAGGACUGAGAUCCAGAUGAAUCCGGGUGUGGGCAUCGUGUGCCUGCCAUGGAAGUACGCCACCAACACUGCCAACCAGUUCGCCGGCGCGACAGUGGAAGUGACUGGCUGGGGAGAUCUCGACUUCGGCGGCCCCGGCACGAAUGUGCAGCAGAAGACGCGUCUGUCUGUGAUCACGCAGUCAGCGUGCCAGAGUGCCUUGGGCACCACGAUCACGGACGCGCGCCAAGUGUGCACAUACGGCCAGGGAAACACCGACACGUGCCAGCGCGACUCAGGCGAGGGACUGCUGUACACUGGAGACAAUGGACGCCUGUACGACGUGGGCAUUGUCAGCUUUGGCGAUCAGUGCGCACUGGCGAAUCGCCCCUCCGUCAACACCAGGAUGACGUACUACCUUAACUGGAUAAUUACCAACUCACCAGAGUCCAGAUAUUGCAGUAUGUAG